CUUGGCCCAAAGACAUCACAAACCAUUGGGUCUCAGCUUCGACUAGAAUCUCAAAUCUAAUAAUCUUUACUUCCAGAAUGAAGGUAUUUGUCUGCUUGUUGGCUUCCUUGGCACUGGCCAAUGCUGGUGGCUUCCGCGGUGGAGCAGGCGGUGGCGCUGGCGGUGGCUACCUGCCUGGCGGCGGACGUGGUGGUGGCGGCGGCGGCUUCGGUGGUCGCCCGGCCAUUGGAGCUGGUCUGGUGUCCCACGUCUCCCAGUCGCAGGGAAAUACUAAGGUCCACAUUGGUGGUGGCUCGGCUGGAGGAGCUGGCGGUUACGGCGGCGGUGCUGCCUCUUAUGGAGGUGGUGCUGCAUCCCAUGGAGGUGGUGCAGCAUCCUUUGGAGGCGGUGCGGGAUCUUAUGGCGGUGGAGCAGGCGGUCGCGGUGCCGGUGGCUGGCAAGGAGCCGGAGCUGGUCGUGGAGCUGGUGGCUACGGAGGAGCUGGAGGAGCAGGAGGCUGGCAGGGAGCCGGAGGAGCCGGUGGAGCAGGAGGCUGGCAGGGAGCCGGAGCUGGCGGCGCCGGUGGCAAUGCCUGGGGCAACCCCGCCGAGUUCGAUUACACGGUCAAUCACGCUUCCGGUGGCGGUCGUGCCGGUGGUGCUGGUGGCGCUGCCUACGGUGGUGGCUCCCGUGGCGGUGCUGGCUGGUGGAACGAUUAAGCAAUGGGAUCUACAUUAUCUGUAACCAAAUCUGUGCAACUGAA